UUUUAAGGUCCCCUGUGUCCACUCCCUUGUUAAAAUAUUAAUGGUGGAAUGGCGUUCACUUCAUAAGUUGUAAACCCUUAGUCUUUGAGUUGAUUUUUCGAAGGAUUACAAUCGUGAACAGGCAGACUAGCAGAUAUUUAUGCAUUUGAAUUUUAUUGGCAGAGGCUGUUGCAAGUACGUUUUACAGAUAACUGUUCACUAUUGUGUCCUGUUCUGUUGCUAUGGAUUACGGAAAGUGGGAUGUAAAUGAACCGUAAAUUUUUCAAGAUUCGUCACUCAGACUGUAUUAUUGCAUGGAAAUAUCUCACAAGAGCUGUGAAUUCUGGUUAAAUACUGGUAAAUUACAUACACCCAGAGCUCGUUAGCUGAAAGAAAUUUUCGGGAGCAGGGCCAUUAUUUCAUUUCCGAUCAGUGGGCCUAAUUGCGUUUGAGUUCACAAUAGUUAGUGCCCUUAUUAAAGCCGCUUCGUAACUGUUUAAGUAUGGCAUUUACAGCGAAAAAAUUGCCCGUUGCCAGUGACAAUGUAAUUUACGAGCAUAUCAUUCCACGAUCUGUACGUCAACAAUGGAUGCGCCGAGCUUCCGUAGACCCUCUCGAGUUAGUUGAUGCCACUCCUAAGGACAAACAUUAUAUUUAUCAAGAUAGACGCGGUCCUGAUGGAACUAGUGAAAGCACAAGCAAGAAUUCAGUUGCAAACACUGAUAACAACUACGGUAGUAGUAUUGUUUCACAUGAUAUUCAGGAAAUUCAUGAUAUAAAAUUAUCAGAAGCACUGAUUUCACCAGAGGAAGAAUUGGCAGUAUUCACUGCUUUUGGUGUGAAACUCAGACACACUUCUAGAGAUAAAAUUGGGAAAAAAAGAUUGUCAAACCUCUUUGAAGGAAAGUUGUGUCAAAACUUGAAAGAAGAAGUUGAAGAAAUAAAAAGCAAUAAACCUUUACAGCCAAGAAAAGAAGGAGGACUUGAGUUUGAGACUAAUUCGAAUAAUGUUUCUGAUAGUAAUAUUGUGAAACUUCGAGGGAGUAUUAAGAAGGCAAGACCAAUGUCUAUGCCAAUUAUAAGUCAAGAAUCGGUUUUAAAAUUGGAUGCUGAAAUGGCUGCUCCUUUUAAGGAAAGGCCUAAGGCAUAUAUAUCACCAAUUGCCAAAGUCCCAUGGAGAAGAAAUUUGACUGCAUCUGCUGAUAAUAAUUCUAAUAUUAGCAACAGAGAGACUAGAAAUCAGAAGGGUAAGGAAGAUUCUAAUGAUACAAAAAAAGCUGAAACACCAUCAUUUCUUCUCCAGAGAAGUCAAACCCUUAAUCACAAAGAAAAGGGGAAUAAACUCGAUAGUGAAAGUCCUAAAAUUGAGGACCUAAGAAAAAGACCAGUUAUCGAGGAAAAGGCAAAGGCAGAAUCAGUGAAGGAGUAUAAAGAGGGAAAAAAUUCAUGGCCAUCUAUUUCGGAAAGGUGCCAAUCAUUCGAGCACUUAGAAAAUGGUGACAAGAAGGCAAAAAUUGAUUUAUCAAAUAGAAACAUUGAUAAAAACACAGCUCAAGUUGACACCAUAUUAAGUGAUGAGAAUACGCCAUUACCCAAUGGAAAUGAUAAGCAAUUGAGUAUUCUAAUUGAACAUAUAUCAGAACAACCUAAUGACAUCAGAGAGCAUGCUGAAAAUGAGCUAAAUUUUACUCAGCACAAGGAGACAGAGACCAGACACAGUGAUGUUGAUUCAAAAGACAGUAGCUUCAAAGAAAUAUCAUUUGAAAGUGUUCAUGCAAAUGGAAUACCUUUGAAGGAAUCUAAUGAUACAAGCGAAAAUAAAAACACUUUGCCCAUUAAAGACAAUAAUUACAAAGCACUUUUGAAUAUAUUCAAGAAAGAGCCCAUAACAUCACAAGAAGAUCAACUGGAAUAUGUAAAUAGUGGAAUCGAUAGUAAAGGUAAGAAAGAAAAUAGAGCAAAAUUACAGGAUGAAGACAAUUCUGUAGAAACUUUUGGAAUAGAUCAUGUCAUUGCUCCAUCAACUUUGCAGAAUUAUGAAAAAAAAAUAAACAAAAUGAUAAUAAGAACUGGUGAACAAAGAGAAAAACAGUUACAUUCUAGCAAGAACAAAGACUUAGGUGCUCAUAAACUAGAUGUACAGAACAAUUUGAGGUUGACUGAUGGUCAGAAAACAAAAGAAAAAAGAAAGUUGGAUGUAAUUGCACCUAUACCUGUUACAAACCUUGAUGAUAUGAUGCCAGUUUCCAAUGGAGAUGGAUCACAUAUUCCUGUCACAAAUCUUGAUGAGCCAUCUGAAUGUGUACCUAAAUCAGAUAAAAUAAACAAACAUAGCAUUGGAAAUACUAUUUCAAAGCAAGAAGAUGAAAGGCCUAAAACUUUAACAAGUAAAAAGCCAGGGAAGUACGAUGCAGACAGAAGAGAACUUGUCGCCCCUAAAGUAUAUUUUGAAAAACCUGUUACUGGUCUGGUCUCCUCUCUCAGCAGCAAAGGAAAGAAAGGUGGCAAGAAAAAAAUGAGGGUUUCUUUUUCAACUGGGGAUUUGGAGAAAGUCCACAUGUAUCCAUCAGAGAUCGCUGCUGUUCAGAUUUAUGAUGAAGCUCAUGCUACUAUCAAUGAUGAUUCUAUUACAAACAUUGAUGAUGCAUUUGGUACUGGCAGUAGUCCCAGUGAUUUCCAAUCAUAUGUCCCAAACAGCUUCAUUAACCUUUCAAACAGCCUUGAAAGAGAGAGGAGUGCUUUAACUAAAAUGCAACCAAGUAAUUCACCUGUUGCUUCAUCUGAUGAAAAGUCAACAAAUGGAAUGUCACAGAGCAAUAGGAAUGACACAUUAUUUACAGAAGCUGCCACCAGUGGGACUGUUGCAAUGCUUUUCUAAGAAAUUUUGAAUUUCAAGCAAGUUUUGCUCAGGUUUACAAGUUUUUCCUAGUUGUAUAUUGCCACUUUUGUCAUUUUUUCACAAUUUAUAAGACAUUGAUAUUCUGUUGCCUUCAUCUAGGAACAAAGCAUAAUCUCCAAUCACAUAGUUAAUUUUGAGGGGUUAUAAAGUGGCAAAUUAGAAAUUUCUAGAACAAUGUUCCGAUAAGUACUUGAAUGCUCAAAGGCUCACAAAUACAAUGGCAAGAUUAGGGCUUUUUGAGUUGUGGGCCAAGCCCAGUGAAUAUGGGGGUCAAGUACCUUGUUAAAGCCGUCAUUUCCCUUCUGUUUAUAAUACAAAAAAAUAUCUGAUCUUCGGGAAAAAAUAUUCAGAGUCAUGUGGAAUGGGAGCUAGAUGGUAAGAAAGCAAGGUGGUAAGAAAGCAAAAUAAACUUUAGUAAUUCCACAAAAUUUAGAAUUAUAUUUAUAGUAAUUAAGUAAUUUAAUGGCAAUUGUAAUUCCAAUUUUUGUCCACAUUUAAAACAGAAUUCUUCAUACAAUGAGAUUUUUAGAAACAAGCAGUGUUGUUAAAUACUAGUUGAAUCAUCUAAACCACUAAAGGAUUCAUUUUAGUCCUUUGGGGCUUUUACCCUUUAGUCAUACAAGUGCUAUACUAGAUUUGAAGAAAGCUUAAUUCUUCUUACUUCGGCCGGAAAGUUUAAAAACCAGUUGCUUGUGUCUAAGUGAUCAACAAUUUGGCAAUUAUGCCAUUAGAGAAGAAGUAUUAUUGAUGCUUUUCAAGGGUAGCAUCCCCAAAUUAUAUAUACUUAGAGAGGGGUGGUAUCUAUAUAUGUAUAUGAAUGCAUGGAAGGAAAGGUCAUGCCCAAGGCCAAAUCGUGGGGGAGGUUUGGCAGGAAGAAAUUCCUACUUUCAAAAGCAGUUCGCUAGGCCAAUAUUGUCAAAUAUGAGCUAGACUUGGCUUGACCAAAAUUGCAAAAAGAUAUACCCUUGGCUAGACAAGAAAUCCGAAAAAGUAUACGGGAAAAUUAUAAAAUUACUUCCAGGCAGCUUUACAGUGGAAGAACCAAAGGGGGCAAAUGUAUGUACAAAUUCUAUAUUAAAUGAAAAAGCAAGAGCUAGAAAUUUAUUAAACAGGUUGGUUGUAAUUCUAUGAUUCAUCAACCAGGAGAAAAGGAGUUGUAGGCCCACCCAACUGGGAAAUUUGGGCCCAACCCCAACUCCUUUGCUUACUAUUAUUGAGCAACAGUCUUGCUGUUUUUAGUCUGAUCGGCUCCUGCGCUGCGCUCUCACAUAAAUUCAAAUUUACCAAACAAGCAAUUUUCAUGGAAUUUCAACCAAAGAUGUCAAAAUAACAGGACAUCAUCAACAUCAUACCUGGAUCUUUCAGAAUUUGGUUGUGGAGGGUCAAGAAAAUUAAACCUUACCAACUAAACAAGGACAUUUGUAAAUGAAGACCAAUGCCUUUUUACAGCGAUCAAUUAACAAUUUUGCUGACCAAAUGGCAUGAUUACUUCAGAUCCAUUCCUUAAAUUUGAGAUUCUUUAGGUAUACUUCGCUUUAAAAUUUAUCAAAGUUAGAAUUUACAUUUCCUUUUUUUCGAGGAAUGGGCAAAAGUUUGGGGCUAUGCUACAAAAUCAAAUUAUACUUGGAUGCAAAUUGUCCUACAGAUUGUAGAAGACAAAAAAUUAGUUUCAUAAAAAUUGCAAUUUUUAAUCAAUUUUCACUGUCAUUAGGGCUUCAGGCCUUAUGACACAUUUACCUUACUAAUUAAAUGCCAUUUACACCAAACAUAUAUUGAAUACAGCAAAUCUUAUUUGCUUAAGCCAAGUAAAAAGCUCAGGUGUGUUGAUUUUGAUGGUGUAAACUAUGUAUAAACUAAUUUGAUGAAUUUUUAAUAAAUGAAAUAAGGUGGGCGAUUUUCUAUAGGCUUUUUAUUGCUUGAUUUAAUUAAGCAAAAUGGCGUUUAGAUAUCACCUCACAGCUUGAUUCCACUUGAUUCUACACAAUGUUUUGUAAUCUUGACAGAAAAUUUGAAAAAGCCUUAAAAUCCAAUGAAUAUCUGGGGGAUUGUAUGGGGCUUGUAUCUCUGUGAUUUGAAACAGGAAAAUCAUCAAAUAAAACUAAAAUAUAAACGGAGUUGCUAUCGGAGAGGGGGGGGGAGAGAUAAAGACUGGAUUUUGGUGUUACACCCUUCAGGAGAUUUGAGAAUAGUGGUAACGCCAAUUUUAAUAUUCAGUUUCAGAUUUAAGAUUAAGAAGAUAAGUAGAGUAAUUUUAUGCAUGAUACUGUUACUACGGACUAUCAAAAAGUUGAGUCGAAUCGAAGCAACAGAAGGACCCAAAAAUAAAAGGGAGGGCCGGGGGGGGGGGUCGCACAAUGAAUGUCAACGAGCCCGCUAAAAAUUUGCAAGGAAAAACUAUUAAUAUCAGAAAUAUAUGCAGAGAGUAAAGAGAAUGCAGAGUAUCAACAGCUAGCAGUGCAAAUGAAUCGCUUUGACAAAGACGGUUUCUUUCAGCAUGUAAGGGAUUGACUUCAGUAAUGGUAGGUUUGUUAAACUCUUGACUUCAGGUUCGGUAGAAGCUUCUAAAAAGCAGGCGAUUAACAACCACCAUGAAAUUAUGGAUUGUAGGAUACAUUCCAAGGGCUUUAAAUUAUAGUCCUAGGAUACAAGUGUAAAAUGCAUAUAACUUACCAAGAUUUUGAUGCAAGGAGGACCCGAGAUCUGGAUUCUAAACUUUAUAUUCUGUAACACAAAAAAAACAACUCUUGGUUUUUACAUUAUCGAAAUGCUAGCUUAAGACUCGUAUUAGGAUUUCAAAUAUAUAUGAAUGACAAAUUCUUCUAACAUGGAAAACCUGUUUACAAAUUUACGCGACACAAUUUUGAAAAGGAAAGAGUGUACGACCGACUUGGUCAAAAACUGUGCGAGUAAACUCUAUUUAAGAGCGAUGUAGGCACUAUAAUAAUACCCAGCAUGUUUGUACAAGGUUUCAAAUUUAAAUUGUAUGCUGAAAAUAAAUAACUACCAAAGUAAGGCAGACGUAUCUUUGCUUGCAAGCUUUUGGUUACUUAUGGGGUCGUGGGAGCUCGUUUUACUAACAAAGUGGAUAAUAUGAAAACAACACUAUACAAAGCUCAACUCAAUUUUAAGUUUUAUGAGUUGUCUUCCUACCUAUAAAGAAAAAAAUUAUUUUUUUACACGCGAUACUAUUUUUUACUUCAUGGCAUUAUCUUUUGCAGCUUCACCUUUGGGUAGAAGUAUUUGCAGCAAAAGUUCUCUAUAUACAAACGAGCACUCUAGAGUAUGCCACAAAACAGGAGUAGGUAUCGCUAUUAUCACACUUUCCUCGUUAUAAUCGGUGAUCCUUGAGACAUUGUUGUAAAGGUAAUCAACGAGGCCCAACGAGAUGAUUUUACAAAGGCGGUCAUAUCUCAAAAAACCAAAAGAGAAUAAAUAUCAAGUCCAAACACCUUUCCACUGCAAGUGAAUCAGUACUCAAACUUACAGUCACGGACAAAAUUGUUGGAAGAAAUGUAAAUUUCUAAUUUACGUUGCUCUUGUAAAUUCGAAUGUCCUCCUUUUUUUUCCAAAUCAACUUUGACUAGUAGUUCUAGCAUUCGUGCUUCAAAGACAUGCAUUCAACAAAGUUAUUAUUGAAAGGAAAGAGAAAACACCAAGUUUUCUUGUCUCAGCUUCUUGGAUUUGUCUGUCUUCAAAAAUAUAGAUGAUUUACAAGAAUGCUGCUAAAUUGGCUAAAAUAUAUUGUCCCACCCAUGACAACACCUACGUAGCAUCACAAUGAACUUUUGUAGUGGAAAUUGAAACAACUUAACAAACAAUUUAAGUAACAAAGGAAAUAUUUCUUGGGGUCAUUCUGGUUCAACUCAUACUGGUUGCAAAGGUUGAGACAUCUGCAACCAGUUUCAUUACAAUGGCUAUGUUCUGAUUGCAUUAGGAAGCAAAUAAAAAUCCAUGAUUGAAUAAAUUUUUGACAAAUUGCAUUUAAAAUUGUGCACAAACGAUUUUCCUUUCAACUUGCUUCCCUGACAAUAUUGAUAAUUGCUAAAAACAACUAUUUGUUCAUGCACAAAUCAAAUCAGCUGUGUGCCUAUCAGAUUAAAACAUGUGGAGUCAAGGUGGCAAACAUUGGACUGUCUUUUCAGGAAAUAUUCCUUAGCCGUUUUGAUAGUUGCAUUGCAAUUUGAAAUGCAAAGGUGCUUUCCGAUUUUCGUUAUUAACUAAUUGGAUCAUUUUUCUUUGAUGACACUGUGCAAACCUUGUGUCCUACGCAAAGAAAAUCACAAUGGUUGUAAAACUUGUUGUAGUGAUGACAAAUACUCCUUAACUAGGUCCUGUACUACUUUGAGCAGCUGAAUGUUUCUCAUUAUAUAUGCCACAAAAUCUCCUAAGGCAGCAUGUGGACGGAAUCCAUAUUGGUCGCGUUUUUGCAUGCGCAAUAUAAAAGCGAGCAUUAUUAGCUUCAUCACACAUGGCAACAGAGCGGAAGUGAGGCUUGAGUGCAGAAUGCAAGUUGCAAUGAAGAUUGCAUAUAAAAGCAGCAGGCCUGAACAAAUUUCGCAUUAUGUCAGCUGCAGAUUUAAGAAGGAGAAGCAACGUUCUUAUUACCUCGCAAGAUCAUCUUACAGACAAACUCUCUUUUAAACUUUGGUACUUGACGCGUUCAGAUAUGGCACGAACACUAUUGUCAACGAGUUUGCUCAUUGCCUUCCUGAUAUUCUAUAUUUCAUGUGGCACAACAAGAGCACAACCAAUUGAAGACAGUUAUCUCUUUAAAAGAAGCCCCUGUGCCAAUGGAUGCUGGGGAAAGUUCGAACAAUGUAUACAUCAUGAAGAUAUUCAACACGAGCUUUCAUUCAAGGUUUGUGUGCUGGCGAAGGCCUUGUGCAUGGAGAGAUGUUCUUUACGGGGAGAUGAAGCGUAUUACAAAUGAACAAGUUAAUUAAAUGUCAAGUUGUGAUAACCAUUAAGAGUUGCCAAUGUAAAAAUGAUGUCCUGCAACUCUGAUAACUUUCUAAACUAACGCAUGAAUUGUAGAAAUAUGUAAAAGUAACUACCAUUAAACGAGAUUGAAAGCUGA